AUGGCCCAAUACUACCCCCAGCAAUCACAGCCCUCCUACGGCUCCCAAUCAUCCCAAAACCUCCAAUUCUAUCCAUCCUCCUACUCCGUUUCAGGCCACACGACACCAUCCCAAGCCUCCUACGGCGUCGGCUAUGGCGGUCAACCAUCCGCCCAAGCAUACCCCGGCUCCUCAGCUGGCGGGGCUGGAGGUUAUGGAGGCGGAUUCGGGGGUGCCGGUUCAUCAGCGGCUGGUGGUGUAUCCGGUAGAAUGGGAGAGCAUGGAGGGUUGAGAACGGGGUGGUUAGCUGCGUUUGGCACGGAGGGGUAUGAUGGUGAACCGCCGUUAUUGGAGGAGUUGGGUGUGAAUUUUGAUCAUAUCCGGAGCAAAACACUUACAGUCCUCAACCCCUUUGCCCAAAUAGACCAACACCUCAUGGACGACAGCGACCUAUACGGCGCAAUCCUCUACAUUGUCCUGUACGGCACAUUCCUCCUUCUUUCCGGCAAGGUGUUUUACGGCUACAUCUACGGCGUCGCCGUAUUCGGUACACUGGCCCUACACCUCAUCCUGAGUCUGAUGUCUCCUUCCAUCGACGGCACGGGCAACGGUGCAUCACCAAUCCCCAACGCAGCGGACCCAAACAACUACGAUCCUCACCAGAAACCACCCGGUCAUGCGGGCGGCCCAACCGGCCAUUUCUCAGCAACCCUGACCUUCCCUCGCUCCGCCAGCGUGCUGGGCUACUGCUUCCUACCCCUUGUGUUGACAAGUCUAAUCGGUAUCCUGCUCCCCAUGGACACCAUGUUCGGGUACUUACUCACCUCCGCGGCCGUGGGGUGGUGCACAUACAGUAGUUCGGGCAUGUUUUGUGCCGUGGGACGGAUGCGUGGGAUGAGAUUUUUGGUGGCGUAUCCAUUGGCGUUGUUUUAUAUUGUUUUUGGGAUUAUGGGGAUUUUUUCGUCGAGGGGGAGUGGCACUUUGGCCGCGAAAACGGGGAGUUAUUAA